AUUCAAUUCAGUCAACAAUUAAUUUAAUAUUUUUUUAGCAUUUCAUUGGACACUGAAUUGAACUGAAAUCACAAAAUGUCAGAUGAGUUGACAAACCAUUUGUUGGGAACCAAUGACGACGACUCGGAUGAAGACAACGAAGACGUGGACUACAAUCCGGACAAAGAGGUGGUCAGCGACAACAGUUGUUCCGAUUCUGAAGAGGAAGACAAUGCAGACGACGGACGCAAACGAAGCAAACAUAAGGACACGACUGACGAAGAGGUGCCACAGAAAGAGGUGUUGAGUGAA